AUGGGCCGAACACCCGCUUAUCACCACACUGGCACAGUGCUGCUAUUGGUCGCGAUGAUCUUGAUGCUGGUGGUGUGCAUUUCGGCUCCGCUCAUCAAUAAUCUGUACUUGCUUGAGGCAACCGUCGCGGACGGUCAACGUGAGUUGCAACGUCGCUCUUGAGCCCCUUUUUUGAGGUGGCUUGGCCCGGACCUUUGUGUGGGGCGCCUCUUGGAACACCCGCCGAACGCCGGCCGUAUCGGAAGUGGUAGUCAGACAAGUUGACAAUUGUCUUCAUUCACCAAAUUUUAGCCGAUGCCAAGUCCGUGAUCAAAGCCGGAAUCUUCGGAUACUGUGUCGGCGAUUCGUGCACCUCGCCCCAGAUCUCUUACGACGCGACUUUGCUCAAGGCGAACGGGCAGACCAUGAUCGACGACGUCUUCAUCUCUUCCCUUACCUGUAAGACCAAUACGCCCUAUUCUGUUCCCUACCUUGAUCAGGGCCUGACCAUCGCCUCAAUCCUUCGAUACAGAUGGCCUGGUCUUGAACCCUCUAUCCGCUGGCUUCACCUUCCUCGCGUUCCUCUUCGCCUUCGGAGGCCAAUCAAUCUGGGGCUCGAUCGCGACCUUCUUCUCCCUCUGGUCUUUCAUCCUCACCGUUGUCGCCCUCGCCAUCGAUUUUGCCACCUUCGGCAUUGCCUCCGAACGACUCAACCAUUCCUCCGCAAUCGAAAAAGGAUCCGUCAAGUUCGGUCGAGCGAUGUGGCUCGUCGUCAUCUCCGUAGGCUGUCAGUUCCUUGCGACCUUGAUUGUGUGCUGUUCGCGCGCUUCGGUGCGUCGCCAGAAGAUCAAGGAGAAGAACAACAACUUGCCUUUGACGAGACAGGAUACGAGGAUGUCCGAGUCGUCCGAGUCGCCGCUCAGGUCGGAUAAGGCGUCGACGUACUCGUCGGGUGGAGGCCAUUUCCGGAGGAGUAACCCCACUGAUCGUCAAUAG